AGUCCGGGGCCUCUCUUCCCCCGCCCAGCACACCGAUUCGACCUCCUGCACACACCUCUACUCUGCCCCCUGAACCCGGCUUCAUCCAGUACCGGAGCCCCGAGGCCGGAGGGAGGAGUGGAUGCGAGCAGGAUUGCAUGUAAGAGACUGCUGAUGCCACCAUGUCAAAAAGACCUUCUUACGCACCACCUCCUGCCCCUGCUCCCACCACACAAAUGCCCAGCACCCCAGGGUUUGUGGGAUACAACCCUUACAGUCAUCUGGCCUACAACAACUACAGGCUGGGAGGGAACCCAGGAUUCAUGUGGCCCUUCGGCCUCUUUUCACAACGGAACACCUCGCGCUUCCAGUAUAAUCGGGAGGGAGAAGACGUCUUCGGGCAUCACCAUUCCAAAGCCCCCCAAGCCUCCAGACAAGCCCUUGAUGCCCUACAUGCGCUACAGCAGAAAGGUAUGGGACCAGGUUAAGGCCUCCAAUCCCGAUCUGAAGCUGUGGGAGAUAGGGAAAAUCAUCGGUGGAAUGUGGCGGGAUCUCACAGAUGAGGAAAAACAGGAAUAUCUCAAUGACUAUGAAGCAGAGAAGGUCGAGUACAAUGAAGCCAUGAAAGCCUAUCACAGCUCUCCCGCCUACCUCGCCUACAUCAACGCCAAGAGCCGGGCAGAGGCAGCUCUCGAGGAAGAGAGCCGGCAGCGCCAGUCCAGGAUGGAGAAAGGGGAGCCUUACAUGAGCAUCCAGCCAGCCGAGGACCCCGAUGAUUACGACGACGGCUUUUCAAUGAAGCACAUCUCGGCUGCCCGCUUCCAGCGGAACCAUCGACUGAUAAGUGAGAUUCUGAGUGAGAGCGUGGUCCCGGACGUCCGUUCGGUGGUGACAACAGCCCGGAUGCAAGUCCUGAAACGGCAGGUGCAGUCACUGAUGGUUCACCAGCGGAAGCUGGAAGCCGAGCUUCUUCAGAUUGAGGACCGUCACCAAGAUAAGAAGAGGAAAUUCCUCGAAACCACGGAGUCCUUCAACAACGAGCUGAAAAGGCUGUGCAACCUGAAGGUAGAGGUCGACAUGGAGAAAAUAGCGGCCGAGAUAGCGCAGGCUGAAGAGCAGGCUCGCAAGCGGCAGGAAGAGAGGGAGAAGGAGGCUGAGCACGCGGACCAGCGCCAGAGCAACACGCCCGAGGAGCCCCCGAGCGGCAGCGAGGCUGAGGAGGCCAAAGUGGAGGAGGCGGCCAUGGACAUAGAUGAACCGCGCAACGACGAGACGUCGGAGACGCAGCAGAGCAGCGAGGAGAGCACGGCGACCCCAGAGGACAAGGAGGGGUGUCCGGACACGACGGACAGCAGCGUGGAGCAGGGCGCCAGCGAGAGCACCUCUGGCACGGAGAGCAACAGUGCGAUGGCAGAGGAAGGGCUCCCGGAGCCCACCCUGGAGGGCGAGGAAAAGAAGGAGUAAUCUGAACGAACACAAACAUUUCAUUCCAUAACCGUGUCACGAGAUGGCCGUAGCCAGGGUGCUGCCAACAAGUGCUGUAGUUUGGUGCCACGGGGAGCUGUUUCGCGACGGCCUUGCCUCCUAAGGGCCAGAGAGCGUGCCUGGGGUCUUCAUGUGCUUCGGGAGGAUGGAGACAUGCGAGAUGGGCGUCUCCCACCCGUUUGGCAUCACUCUUUGGUGUCCUGUACUGUAGUAUACCGUAUUAACUUUGUCUUUUUUUAUAAAAAUUACACCACAAUAAAGAGAGAAAUUCAG